AUGUCUUUAUAUAAUUCUCACGAAACCGAUUGGAUAGAGUAUACUACAUACAACAGUAGCACAUAUACAAAGAAUCUUGUAGACAAUGGAAAUGGCACUUUCAACCUUAUCGUAAUGGGUUGGGACUAUGGAGUAGCGAGUCCUAUCCAUAACCAUCCUAAUUCCCAUUGUAUUUUGAAAGUCCUUGCUGGUACUUUGGUAGAGUUUAAAUAUUCAUUGCCAAAUAGAAUGUCUCAACAAUCUAUGGGAAGCAAUGUAAUUCCAAUGAAUCUUAUUGAGAAAGCAACGUACAACCGUGAUCAGGUAACUUACAUUCAUGAUGAGAUUGGUGUACAUAAAGUAUUCAAUCCAUCUAAAACAGAACGUGCUGUAUCCCUCCAUCUUUACA